UUUAAUUUCACACGAGAGUCACAAUAUUCCCUAUUUUUUGCACCGAUGUUACAAUCACAAGAGCUAUCAGAGAUACUUCAGCUAGACCGGAGUAAAGGAUUGAUUUAAAAUUACUUGUUGCACCAAGUGAAGUAAUAAAUUGGUGUCCACCCGAUCCUCAGUCGAAAUAAUCUCUAAAAAAUUAAUCGAUCCUCUUCCCAUCCUCAUUAGUCCAAGUGAUCACAAUUCGAUUCGAUGUCAUCUCGUCUCCAUCCACCGGAAUAAAUUACAUAAUCCAAAAUGCAGAUGUGUGGUAAAUGAAUGUGAAUAAUUCCUCCCACCCACCGUAAAAAUCAUCGUGCGAAGAAGACAUUUGAUAAUAAUCAAUAGACAAUGAGUAGUUGUGAGUAAAAAUGUAAGCCCAGAAUUACCUGUGUUGAAUGAUAAAUCUAAAAAUAGAUGCUGGGUUGAGAUUUCGAGUGUAGGUACUUGCACUGGGAAAUAAUCCAUGAUUGUUUAACGAAAAAUGAACGACGUAAAUAAACCAAUAAGUUCCUAACCCUCGAUGAGUGAUGAAUUGAUUGGAAAUUAGUUGGAAUAAUUCAAAUAAUGCACCACCAUUCUUUUGGAUCGUCAAAAGGAGAUGCCCUGUGCCCUCUAGGCUUUCACCCACAAGUCAGAUGGCCAACAAGAUGUAAACGCUGCUUCAGAGACUACAAGGAUCAUGCUGGUAAGCGGAAUCCAGGACUCCAAGGAGCCAUCACAUCAUCAACCCCGAGUCUGUCCAAAUGGGAAUCAUCACCUGGACGCUCGAGUGACAGCUCGGAGAGCAAGAGGACGUGGGCGUCAACAUCAAAUUUGUCGAAGGAUGAGUCUUCCAAGGCAAAUCAACUGCCCGCAGAGGAGUGGAGCAAUUCGGCUGUUGAUAUUUCCAGUAGAGAUGUCCAAAUAAGUGAUAACAGACCCAGGAGUUAUGUGGGAUCAGCCUCUGACAGUGCGGCAUCAUUUCGUCGUCAUUCCGUCGAUGAAACUGCACUUUUUCCGAAUGAUCGGUCUGAGGUGAAGCACCAGACACUCCAGAUAAGACAGGUCAUUGAUAAAAGCUCCAGUGGCUCGGAAAAUGAUGUUGCUUUUAUCGUCCAGGUGAGUAAGAAUAAGCAGAAUGUGGAGAAGGGAGGGGAAAAGGCAGAUGGAAAGAGGGAAAUUGACAGGCUAAAGGAUCAAUUAGCUGAAAUGAAGGUACGCUGUGAGAGGGUGGAGCGUGAAAAAGGUGAAAUAUUACUGAGAAGAUUAGCCACGAUGGACUCUGUAUCUUCCAAGACUGCCAAGAAUGCUGAAGUGUCGCGUCUACAAAAAUCGGUUAAAGAAUUGCAGUCGAAAAAUGAAGCCUUGAGCGAUGAAAAAGGAACACUCUUAACGAAGAUUAAGAAUCUGGAGAGGGAAACGGCGACCAGGAAUGGCACCACCAGGGGUGAACGGGAGAGAUCCACCACCGAGGAUCUCAAGUCUAAACUCAAGGCUGCUGAGACACUUUGUGAAAAUCUUAUGGAUGAGAAUGAGGAUAUGAAAAAGGAAAUUAGAGAGUUGGAGGAGGAAAUCUAUGAGAUGCAGGAUAAUUUCAGGGAAGAACAAGCCGAUGAGUACACGAAUCUGCGAAAAAAACUUGAGCAGUCGAAUAAGAAUUGCCGAAUCCUCUCAUUCAAACUCCGGAAAAUAGAACGCAAAGCGGAACAACUGGAGACGGAGAAAACGGAUUUUGAAACAAAAUAUCAAGGGGUAAAAAGUAUGGAGGAAAAUUUAAAGAAAUUAGCAGUGGAUCUGAAAGCGAAGGGAUUGGGCAAAUCAACUGGCUACACCACGAAUGCCCAAUUGAAAAAAAUGAUGGAGGACAUGGAGAGAGAUUUGGGUAAUAUUUUUGGAGGUAAUGCAGUACCCACGGGCAAUGACAUGCCAAAUAUGUCAGAGCAAGACGCGAGUUCUAAAUACGAUAAAUUGUACAAGGAGCAUGAAAUAUUGCAGGCAAAAUUGGAUAAGGCGUUGAAAAGUCUCGCCGGGAAUAAGGACGUGGCCAAGCCAUCAGAGACGAGCAAGGCUGAGAUCCAAAAUUUGAAAAAGAAAUUGAACGAGGCAACGGCCGGUCGUGAGAACGAUCGUAAAACCUGGGAAUCGGAAAAAAUAAAACUCGACGAGGAAAAGGAAAAUUUGAAAUCAAAAUUGCUGUCGCUGUCCGCUGAAAAAUUGAAGGUUUACAAUGAAGUGCUGGAGUUGAAGAAGGACUUGCAGACAGCAAAAUCUACCGAGAAAAAUAAUGUUAAAACUGAAAUAGCUCUGACUGAAUUGAAAAAGGAACUGAAUGCCGAACACGAUAGGUGUAAAAAGCUGCAGGAGGAAUUGUCAGUAUCAAGUGAGAGAGAGAGUAAAAUGUCAAAGGAUUUAGCAUCAGUAGAGCAAGCGAAAGGAUUAACCGAGAGUGAAUUGAAACGCAUUAAAUCUGAAUUUGAUAAUUCAAAGUCGUCGAUGGCAAUGAAGAUAGCGAAAUUGACAGGAGAGCUCAUGGAAGUUAUAAGAGAUCGGGAUAAAUGGAAGGUUCAGAUGGAGGAGGAUAAAGCUGCUAAAGACACUGAGGUGGGAAGUCUCAAAAAAAAAAUGGCAGCCCUUGAGAAAGCGGAGAGCAAUGUGAAAAAAAUGAAUGAGAUGAAGCAAAACUACAACGAAAAAAUAACAAUUCUCGAGGAGGAAUUGCAAAAAGGUCAGAAGUUGUAUGAUGAAUUGCAGCUGAAGCACGCGAAUCUGCAGGACGAUAAAAAAAAUAUAGAGAGCGAGAAAGAAGCCUUCCACAAAAAACUAGCGGAGUAUCAGGUUAAACUGGAAAUGACGAAAGAGCGGCUGGAAAGCUCGGAGAAACUUCAAAAAUCCAGAGAGGAUAAUUGGAGCGAUGAGAGACGUCGACUCCAGGUACUGCAGUGUGAUCUCCUGGAGUUGCGAGACGCUCACGCCAAGUUGAGAACGAGCAAUGAGAAGAUGAGGAGAGAAAAGGAGCGUCACGAGAGGGAACGAGAAGAGCUCAAGGAUAUUAUUGCGAGUAAACGUCGGUUGGAGCAUAACGAAGCGAGAAACAUGAAUAUUCUACUGCGACAGGUCGACGAUCUGAUGAAACUAUUCCCAGAGCUCAGUAGCAAAGCAGAGAGCACCAAUGCAUCAGAUACUUACACACCUACACCACCGAGAAGGACCAAGGGACCAAAGUCCAGAGAGUCAUCACCAAUGCUCGAUACCAAAGACGACAGCUUCAAAGGAUCCUCCAAUAAUGUCAGUGGAAGAACAGACAAGUUGGAAUACACUAUUAGGAAACUCAUAGACGUCGCCAAGGAGAUGAAUGAGGCGAAACGCUCCAUGGAGAGUGAGAGCUCAUCCAGAAAGAAACUUGGAAAACGGGCGAGUUCUAUCGAUAAUGACAGUGGGCAUGGGUCCUCCUCGAGUCGUUCGAAGGCCAGUCUCAAACGGAAAAGUCUGUCGUUAGAACAAACCUCUGGGAAAAAUGAUCAAGCGAUAUGGGGAACUGACAGCAAUCUCUCCAGUAUGGGGUCUCUCGAUUCCGAUGCCGAUUCUCGUCGAUUUGGUAACCAGAGGGACUCAAGUGUCGAUAGUCGCCUGUCCGGUGGUUCUACGAAAAGUGAAAUGCUCCAUCGUGAUAAAAAGCACAACAAGAACAUAAUAAGAAAAAUAACAACAAAAUUGACAAAAUCAGCGAGCGUGGACGAUCCAAACAGUUCGUUUGAUUUUUCACUCCAGACUUCCGGCUCUGAGGCGAGCAUAAUAGAAGACACUCACAAAGUCGAGAAGAAGAAUCUGAAGAAAAAACUCAGUGACAUGUUUAAACGAGGCUCCAAGAGCAAUGGGUUGGAGAAAAAGCCAUCGGAAGGCAGUAGACCCCCCUCCAGGUCGUCAAACGCAUGAAAAACACGGAGAAGCNACACGUUGACUAAAUGAUGAUCCUAUUCACAGCUAUUCCUAGUCAGAAACCAGUUUAAAAAAGACACAGAAAUGUGCAUUAUCAUUAGCAUUUACCUUCACCACUGUCCAAGGACUUCACUCCUUAUCAACGUGUACAUAUCAGUGAUGGAAUGACAAAUAAACAGUCAAGA